AUGUCUAUCUUGGGAGCUUUCUGCAUGACUUCCGCAAAUUCCAUAUAUCUCGGCGCGAUCCCAGAUGUCCAGAGAGAGCUCCAUGUUAGUCUCACUAAAGCCAUUCUGCCCAUCACGCUUUUCACCAUUGGCCUUGGGCUUGGUCCUGUCGUAUCGGCAGCAAUCUCCGAGACAUAUGGACGUCGACCAGUGUAUCUUCUGUCCCUUGUGGGUUCCAUCGUCUUCACCGUGGUUGCGGGAUCCGCUACUAAAUGGUCCGCCCUUGGAGCUGGGAGGUUCCUCUCUGGGACUCUCGGAGGACCCCUUGUCGCUAUUGUGGCAGGAAGUAUCAACGACAUUUGGGAUACCAAGACUGAAGACUUGGGAAAUACCUUUUAUGGUAUCUUUGCCGCUUCAUUAAUCUGGGGCACCGAAGUCGGGCCAGUCAUUGGACAGUCUAUUAAAGAUGAUACCCAUAACUGGCGGUGGACCUUCUGGCUCACAGCGAUCAUGCUCGGUGUUUCAUGCAUGUCCCUUCUAUGUCCAGAGACCUAUGGGCCACAGAUCAUUCGCAGUAGAGCCAAAAGACAAGACACUCCACUCCCACCAAGAGGCCGUUUAACUCAGGUACUCAAACUGGCGGUUGGCCGUCCAUUGCAUAUGCUCAUUGUGGAGCCUAUUGUUGCACCUACUUCGUUCAUCUCAUCUAUCGCCCUCAGCGUGGUAUUCUUUUUUUAUAUUGCAUUCCCGCUGGUGUUUGAGCGGCUGCAUUCUUUUUCUCGGUAUCAGAGUGCAUUGUCUUUUCUGUCGUUGCUCAUUGGAAGUAUUUUAGGACUUGUCUUCAUGUCAAUUGUGAACAAGAUCAAGUUCCGCAAAGCAAGAGAUAUGAUGGAGCGUUAUGGGGUACAUAUGCAGCCUGAGGAGCUGUUGUAUCCAGCUAUGGUGGGUGGUGUACUUCUUCCAGUGUCUCUUUUCUGGUUCGCAUGGACAGCUUAUGAGUCGAUCCACUGGGUAGUUCCCUUGCUCGCAGGCAUUCCAUUUGGCGCUGCCUAUUUUCUCAUUAUGCUCGGGUGGCCGUUAUACAAAAAUUUCGUUUAUGGGUCGCGGUACGGCGCAUCCGCUUUGGCUGCUGAAGGCUUUAUGCGAUACGGGAUAGCCGGGGUGGUACCAUUAUUUUCGGUGCAGAUGGUGGAGCGAAUUGGAAUACAUUGGUCAGUGUCUAUUGCUGCAUUUAUCUCGCUCAUGCUGGCCCCAAUCCCUUGGGUGAUUUACAAAAUUGGGCCUCGCCUACGGCGGCGGAGCCGAUAUGUUCUAGCCUAUGAUGCCACCCUGACAAGUCCUUCGGAUGGGAGUGUAGAGUCGGAGCCUCCCCCAAAGCCAGAAAAAUAG